AUCUGAUUAUAUUUAAUGUAUCAUUUAGAGUAUGCUUUUAAGGCCAUAAACCAGGGUGGUCUUACAUCAGUAGCUGUUCGUGGAAAGGACUGUGCGGUUGUCGUCACACAAAAGAAAGUACCUGACAAACUACUGGAUUCUAGCACAGUGACCCACCUGUUCAGAAUAACUGAAAACAUUGGAUGUGUAAUGACAGGAAUGACAGCUGACAGUAGGUCCCAGGUGCAGAGAGCCCGUUAUGAAGCUGCAAACUGGAAAUACAAAUAUGGAUACGACAUUCCAGUAGACAUGCUAUGUAAAAGGAUUGCAGACAUUUCUCAGGUCUACACACAAAAUGCAGAAAUGAGGCCUCUUGGUUGUUGCAUGAUUAUGAUUGGCAUUGAUGAAGAAAACAAUCCUCAGGUAUACAAGUGUGAUCCAGCAGGAUACUAUUGUGGAUUUAAGGCCACAGCUGCAGGAGUCAAACAGACGGAAUCAACUAGCUUUCUUGAAAAGAAAGUGAAGAAAAAAUUGGACUGGACAUUUGAACAAACAGUGGAGACAGCAAUAACCUGCCUCUCUACUGUCCUGUCCAUUGACUUCAAACCUUCUGAAAUAGAAGUAGGAGUCGUUACACUCGAUAAUCCUAAAUUCAGUAUCCUUACAGAAGCUGAGAUUGAUACGCACCUUGUUGCUCUAGCGGAGAGAGAUUAACUCUACGUAGAAUUCCAAAUUCUGUGAUGUCCAGCCAGAAUGUCUGGUGAAACCAAACUUGUUAAUGGCUCUAGGUUGCGGCCUGAAAAUGGAACACUCUUUAUCUGAUGUAUUUCAAUCUGUAUAAAUAAAACUGAGGUUUUGGAA